AUGGCAGAUUUCGACUGGAAGUCGACAAUUCGCAUAAAUAUUUCUACCCUGUGGAUGACGGGACUGUGGCCGAAACAUAACGACAAAUACGAACUCAAUUUGUACCUUCUCUACGCUAUCUUCAUUAUAUUUUUCUUUGAAGUUUUCGACGUACUUACUCAAGCAAUCAAUGUGUUUUUCAUCUUCAGCGACUUCGAUGCAUUAAUGAAAACAGCGUACGUUCUUGUAACUGAACUUCUGAGUGUGCUAAAAAUAUAUUAUUUCACUCAAAACGUCCGCAUUGUCAAGCAGCUACUGGCAACGCUUGACAGAAAGGCGUUUCAGCCCCGAACUGUAAAACAGAAAGUUUUUAUCGAAAAGGACCUGAAGCUGUGGACACAGAUGUAUUCGAUGCUUUGGAUGUCCUGCAUGGGUGCGUUAUUGUUUUGGGCGAUUUUUCCCAUCUUGGAUGGGUCUUACAGAAAACGUCAACUGCCUUUUCUUGCUUGGUUUCCGUUCGAUUUUGGAGGAACACCGCUGUAUCAAAUUACAUACAUCUAUCAAAUUUUGAGUACGUGUCUUCUAGCGAUUGGUGGUUUCAAUGUUGAUACGCUGAUAGUAGCGCUGAAGUUGUUCGCAGGAUCUCAGUUUGAUAUUUUAUGCGAUAAUUUAAAGAAUCUUAAUUUGUGUGAAGGUAAUCCGAAAGAGAAGUUAAAAAGUUGCUUUCAACACCACCGGGAAAUUUUGAGGCCUCCGUCACCGCCUCUAGGCUUGUCUGGAGCACUCAUCGCGACUUCCGCUUCCAGGCUCUUCUUAAGCGAACGAUAUCCGGCCGCCUUCACCGAUGAUGAGUCACCCAUCAUCGCCGUACAUACUAAAAAACCCAUAGGCGUCGUACCUGGGCGGCGAGCUCAGUUUGAUAUUUUAUGCGAUAAUUUAAAGAAUCUUCAUUUGGGUGAGGACGAUUCGAAGUGUAAAGAGAAGUUGAAAAUUUGCUUUCAGCACCACCGGGAAAUUUUAAGUUUCGGGAAAAGUACUAAUAAGUUUUUAAACUGGAUUGUGUUUUUUCAAUUUUUUGCUAGUGCAGUGUCUAUUGGGCUGAUCAUGUUUGAACUGACUGUCAUUGCUCCAUUUUCUAGUGAAUUUUAUUCAGCCAUAUCGUAUGGGGGUUCAAUUAUUGUUCAGGCAUUCAUGUAUUGUUGGUAUGGCAACGAACUGAUGCUAAAAAGCGGCAACCUGGCUUAUGCAAUUUUUGAAGCUGAAUGGCCAGUGGCUAAUAUCGAACCUCCCCCUAGCUACGACCUUAUGAUCGCCCGCAUCGUCUCCAGCUUCCGGUCACUGUUUUGUCUAAUGGGUUGUAUAAACUAUUUUGCCCGAACGUGUGAGGUCGCCGAUAAAGACAUGACACUGUCAGUGGCGGCCCUCCGGAAAGUUAACAGACAGACGGAAACGGGAGAUUUAUUUCUUCGUACUGUAGGGGUCAUAAAAGGUCGAGAAAACGUAAAAGUAUAG